AGUCCACUUGCUGUAAAGAAAAGCCACAGUAAAUUCAAACCUGUGUACCCAGUUUGUGUUAAAAUCUGUUUAAGUUGCAUGUUGUCUAAUCAUGAAAAGCCCAGGUGGAAAGAAUGUAAAACUUCUGACCCGUGUUGUAUUUCCUGCUCUGUUUGUAUUCAUAAACAGUAGCCUGACCUCUGACCCAAUGCACCAAUGAGACCUCAGCUGCUCAUAUUGCUGCAGCUGAUUCUAGGUGUUUGCUUUUAUUGCAUACUGCUGUUCACAGACUCAGAGAUUCUCCAGAAACAAACAUCUGCAGGAUUGGAUCUGUUAGAUGCUGCUGUGCACGCUCUAUGUACAGUCCUAUGUACAGAACCUCUUGUAAUUCCUUCAUUUAUUGUAUCUACAGAAGUGAGUCUGUUUUUAGCAGUUUUCACCAAAUACCUUUAAGUUUGAAUCAUCUGUGCUCUGAGCAUCAUCGUUCAAUUCUGGGAAUUUGGUUUUAAGCCUUCUGAGUAAAAGUUUUUAAUACCUUCUAGACGUUUAUGUUGAUGCAUACAUUUGUUUUAUCUCUCUGGCCACGGUUUCCUUUUCUCUAUAUGUGGGUCUUUCUGUGGUGAAAAGGGGGCGGCGUUACCAGAAUGUGACGGCGCCGCACAGGCGGGCGGGGCUUGGCUGCCAGCAAGAAGCCAAUAGGAGGCCGGGGUGUUGCUGCCGAGCACAGCUGAUCGAUGAGUCAAAGCGGCCAGCAGCCGAAAAGGUCUCACUUGUUGCUGAGCAGGAGCAGAGAGCGUCAGCUGACCGCGGAGAUCCGAUCUCAUCCCCAUUCAGAAGCUGAAACCAAACCGGGAGUCGAUCUGCUGCCCCGCCGCCUCCUGCCGCCUCCUGCCGCCUGAGACUCACCGCGCUGCCGCCUGAGACUCACCGCGCUGCCGCCCCACAGGAAGUCUGGUUUCAUGUCUACUUCAGUCCCGUAUCCAUGGCCGAGGGGACACAUCUGUCUCGUCUGUGGACUCCUCCUCCUGGUCUCCUCCCCGCUCCUCACUGCAGGCAAACUGAACUGUUCUCACCCCCUGGUCCCAGAACAUGGAGGUUUUCGCUGUGAACCGUCUCCGUGCCGCGGUUUUCCUCAUAGGAGCUCCAUCCGGAUCUUCUGCGAGACCGGAUACCACAUGAGCAACAGGAAGUCCAUCUCCAGGUGUCACCGGGGGAAGUGGGUCCCACCCAUACCCUCCUGCAUCCCCAUGAAAGACAGUCCUAACAUGAAGUCUGAUGGUGGCGUGAACGACAUGCCCAGCAUGGCCACCACCGCAGUGGGCGUGUCCAUCUUUUUGCUCACCACCACUGCCUGCCUAAUCAUCAAGUCCCGCCUCUACCCCUGCCGAUCACACGGCCGUCGUUCUUCGGACCAGCUGGACCUGAUGGUGGACGGACUUCCUGUCUCUCUUCCCUCCUACGAAGAGGCGGUGUACGGCAGCUGGGGCCAGCGCAUUCCUCCCUGCUCCGCUCCCGGACCGACACAGCUCCUUCUGGCUCAGGAUGAUCCGAGCUACUGCCCGUCGCCUCUGAGCAACCAGCCGGACAGCAGCCACCAGCCCCUCCUGUCCAUCCAGAGCCCUGAGAACCCCCCUCCGCCCUACGAAGAGGUCCAAUCAUCACAUCCUAGAGACAGAAUGAGCGACGGGAACAUCCGGCAUCUCUCGGAUGAUAAAGACACUUGAUUGUCUAGCUGUGGGGUUCACGAGGAACUCCUGUGAAGAUGUGAUUGUGACAGCUAAUAAUCUUCAGCGUUUCAUCUGAUGAAGAUGAUUGGGGGACAGCAGACACUGACGGCUGACUCCUGUACUGCCUGCACUUUUCCUGGUUGGCUGCAGCUCCGCAGCAUCGAGACCGAUCUGAUUUUAGACGAAGCUAACGAGCUCUAAUCGGCCAGCUCUCGACAGCCUGGCUAAGGAGGACUGAAGUGUUUUUAUAAAUGAAAUGUUGACUGUAUUGUGUGUGUGUGUGUGUUAUGGAUGUAUGUGACACAGAGUGGAUGUUAUUUUGUUGUCUCCUGGUAACAAAUUUCUGGCCGGUCUCUAAGCUGUUGAACAUUAAUUUAUGUAGAUGUUUUGAGGUCUUGGCGUGUUUUCAGUGCUGUGCUGGAGACGUUGUUUAUCCUUCCCGUCAGUGACGGGGCUCGUCGAGGCUUCGUUCGUGAAGCCCGCUGUGUGCAUUUACAAAAACGUGCCUGUUUCCAUGGCGAUUGACUUUACACCAUUCGGGUCUGAGACUUUUGCACAGCACUCGUCUUCAGGUUCAAUCAGACUGUGGUGCAGAUUUUAAGCCAGCACAGUGCAGUUUGAUUGUAAUAAUUUAAGCAGAAUAUUAAUUAUAUGUACAGAUAUUAUUAUUAUUAUGUAUAGAGAUCAAAUCAAAUGGGUUUCUGUUCUUUAAUGUGGAGUGGAUUUUUUUUUUUUAUGACAUUUAAACUUAUUGUGUCAAGAUUGAAUUUAAUUGAAAUCAGUCAAAACUAACGAUGUUUUUGAUUUGUUUUUGUUUCUGGGAAAAAAAAAAAAGUUUGACCUGAAACCUUCAGACCUGUAAACUUGAUCGUCCUCGCCUCGAAUGCAGGACUACUUUUAUGUUUUAUUUCUGCAGCGAUGCCUUCACAGACCUUGAAUGUAAUUAAUGUUUAAUUUUUUUGGAAGCUGGAUUGUAAUACUUGCAUAUGAUGAUUUGUACAUUGUAUUAUUGCACAGAAUUCUAAUAUAAAUAAAUGUUUGAAGUGUUUUAUCUGUU